CCAAGCAGAGGGAAAGGAAUCAAGAGGGAAUAAAUAAGGUUGAAGCAUGAACAAGACAGAAUUCAUCACUGUUGUGGGAUUUGCCGUAUCAUUGCUGUUCCACAUGACCCAAACUGAAGUCUGUCCUCCCUCCUGCAGUUGUAAGUCACUGGGAGAAAUGAAGGGGUUGCAUAUAGACUGCAGCUCAAGGAAGCUGACGGAAGUGCCUGCCUUGCCCGUUAACACCAAGAGGCUUUAUCUACAGAACAACAGCCUGACCUCGGUUCCUCCCGGUGCCCUGGACAGCUUGCACAGCCUCGAGGAAGUGAAAAUAUUUGACAAUCCUUGGAACUGUGACUGUCAUAUUCUGUAUCUAAAACUCUGGUUAGAAGACAUCUCUGCACCCUCUCUUGCAAAGAUCAGAUGCGCAACCCCAGGUCCUGUGAGGAUGAAGCCCUUGAGGCAGCUGACUGGGAAUGAGCUGGGCAUUUGUAAGAGGCUUCUCCCAAUCAAGUGUCUUGAGUUCUUUUGGCGAGACCUCAUUUUAAUUGCUGGAGCAAUAAUUACACUUAUUUUAGUAGCAUGGGCUCUGAAAUUCUCAAAAAAGCUGGUCUGCCAAAUAAACCUAAGCCACUAUGACUCCAGGGGCUGA